UGACACCUAGAAAAUGGCGCCUCUAUUGAGUUUAUACCUAGAGUUUUCGAAUCGAUUUUUCACGGUAAAUAAUUCCUUUCCCUGUGAAUACGAGAAAUAUUUGCUUAGCCUGUAAAAUAAUAUAGUUUUUUUUUCACAAUCCUGUCGUUUUGUUUGUAUUUGGAGGGCGAAUAUUACCGAAAAUAGCCCGUAACAACCACGAAUGUAGGUUGGAUGAAGAGCGAGCAACUGUCAACACAACUGAGAAAGCGGUCGAGAUGUCCCAUCUCCCGACAAAAUACAUUCUUAUUCACGCAGAUUAGAGGAGUCGAUAAUUGUGUAUUAUACCUUUGUGACAGACUACCCCAGUUUGUGCUAACGUGAUAAUGGCAGAGGCUGUGAGAGUUAUUGUGCGCUGUCGUCCUUUAAACAAGAGAGAGAAGGACCUUAAAUGUGAAACCGUGCUUGAGAUGGACAGUGACACUGGCCAAUGCCGCUUGCACAAGCCAGGGGAUAAGACACAGCCCCCAAAAGCAUUUACAUUUGAUGGGGCCUAUUUUAUCGACUCAACAACAGAGAAUAUCUACAAUGACAUCUGUUUCCCUCUUGUGGAGGGGGUCCUGGAAGGCUAUAAUGGCACUGUAUUUGCCUACGGCCAAACUGGGUGUGGCAAGUCAUUCAGCAUGAUGGGCAUAACUGAUCCACCAACUCAGCGUGGAAUAAUUCCUAGGGCUUUUGAACACAUUUUUGAAUCGAUAAAUGUUGCUGAUGAUAGCAAGUUCUUAGUCCAUGCGUCCUAUUUAGAGAUUUACAAUGAAGAAAUCAGAGAUUUAUUAGGAAAAGAUCAUAAAGCAAAAUUAGAUUUAAAGGAACAUCCUGAUAAAGGGGUUUAUGUUAAGGAUCUUACCAUGAUUCCUGUUAACUGUGUUUCUGAGAUAGAGCAUGUUAUGGACUUGGGAAGUAAGAAUAGGUCUGUUGGUGCUACUCUGAUGAAUGCUGAUUCAUCCCGAUCCCACUCAAUCUUCAGCAUCAACCUUGAGAUUUUAGAUGAUGAUUCGGAGGGUAACGAGCACAUAAGAGCAGGAAAGCUCAAUCUUGUAGAUUUAGCAGGUAGUGAGAGGCAGUCCAAGACGGGGGCUACUGGCGGUCGUCUUAAGGAAGCCACUAAGAUUAACCUGUCCUUGUCAGCUCUUGGAAAUGUCAUAUCAGCCCUUGUGGAUGGCAAGGCUAAGCACAUUCCCUACCGUGACUCAAAACUCACACGACUUCUUCAGGAUUCACUAGGGGGUAACACCAAGACCCUCAUGGUAGCAUGUCUAAGUCCUGCUGAUAACAACUACGACGAGACCCUGAGCACCCUGAGGUAUGCCAACAGAGCCAAAAACAUCAAGAACAAACCCAAGAUUAAUGAGGAUCCCAAGGAUGCGCUUCUAAGGCAGUACUCAGAAGAGAUUGAACGUCUGAAGAAAAUGCUUAUGGGGCAGAUGGAAAUACCUACAGAUCUUCUUGGAGGUGGUGGGGCUCCCGCCAUAGCAGCUAACCCAGCAGCCCCAAGAAGAUCCUCCAUAUCUGGUGACCACUCUGCCAUAUUGGCAGUGGAGACAGAGAAGGUCCGGCAAGAUUACGAGUCCAGACUAGCAGACAUGAAGAGUAUGUAUGAGGCUGAGCAGAUCUCCAAACAGAAGCUACAGACUGAGAUGGAGAAACUCCGAGCGGGUUACAACAAGAAGGUGCACGAGAUAGAGGAACAAUACAGGGCAGAUGAGGAGGGCGUGGCUGCACAAGGGGUAUCAUCUGUGACACCUGAGGCCGGAAGUGCCCUCAGUGUUAUUGCCUUAGAGGAGCAUUUUUUUUUUCAGUCUCUACGGGGGUCUGAACCGAACAACAACGCGCUAUCUUUGAUCUCGGGGCCUCUGGCGAAAAGCAAAGAGAGCGCCUCUCAGGAGCCUGGGUCCAUCAUUCAAAUGGUUCAAGACAAAUCUAAGGCACUGGGAGCUAGCGCGGUCGCAGUAGCACAGGGAGCCCAAAUGGAAGCCUUGAAGCGCCUGCAAGAGCUACAGGAGAAGAUGGUGGGCGGCGAGAAGAAAGGCGACACUAAGCUGAAAGAGAAGCGGAAGCAGCGCAAGGCAUACGCAAUGUCGAGGAAGGAGAGACUGGUCCGGGCGGUAAAUAAGAUGGACGAUGACGGCAUCAUGGUCAAGGUUUAUGACUCUCUACAAGACGAGAUCAAGUUUAAAACUAAAACUAUUGAUCGCCUGGAGAACCGUCUACAGUCGUACCAGGUAGAGAUUGAUGACCUCCAGGAAGAAUUUGAGCGUGACCGGGAAGACUACCUAGACAGCAUCCGUAAACAGGAGCAGACGAUAAAACUACAACAGCAGAUUAUCGAUAAGAUCCAGCCCUGCAUUCGACGCGACUGCAAUUACUACAACAUCGACAAGAUCAAAGCAGAGUGCACGUGGGACGAGGAGGCCGGCAAAUGGAACAUGCCUGAACUUGUCAUCACCAAGACGUCCCUCCCUACGCCCGGUGUGAUGCCAGGGGGGCUAACACCGGGGGGUAACACUCCUGGGCGUGGUCGGAAGUCCCCCAACCCCUCCAACUGGGGUCGCAGUACAUCACCAAGCAACAGGGCCCAAGUAAAUAACCAAGGACAAGUAAUGAAUGGCUAUGGAGGGUAUGAGGAGCCUUCAGAAGACCGAUUCCUACAACAUCUCUCCAAAAAUUCCAGCGACGAUUUUGCGUCCAGUUACUUUAAGCCCAAGCGAGCGGACAAGCUACUGCAAAACCGUUACGAGACUAUAGAAAGAAGGGAGACAGUUUCCCCCGUUACUGGUGGACGCCAGGGGGGUGCUUAUCCCUCCAAUAUACCUCCCCCAAGGGCGUUUGGUGGAAGUCAACAGCCUCCUCCUGAUGUGGUCCAACCAAGGCCGUUGAGACUUGAAUCACUCCAUGUCUCGAGCGAGAAAAAGAAAAAGAAGAAAAAGCAACAGAGGGAUGGGGAACCCUGGUAAUGGUGUUAAAUAAUUGCGAGUAGAUAAGGAAAUUUUAACCAAAUUAUACAUACGAAUUAUUGAGAUAUUUGUUUUUACAUAAUUACUCACAAUCCCCAUGUUGGUGGAGAACACACGUGUCGAUUAUUCCUCUAGACGUGCCUUCACAAAUGGCAAAGCCCUACACAGUUAGUUAGAAAGGGCUCGAACUCUGACCAAUAGGGUAAUGAUCAGCCGAGUCCAAGGACUCUUGCCAGCCCGUUCGAGGGAGGUGGAUAGUCUUUUGUGACGUCACAACUACUACCAACCACAGGAACCCCAAUCAAAACACCCUGGAGUACUGUACGUUGCCCCAGGUAGCCAUAUUGUAAUUUAUGACCUCGUGAGAAUAUCCUAGUUUAUUUCCACAUCACAGAGUGUACAAGAACAAUAAUUGUCUUUUUAGGGCCUUCGGGGUGCUUAGUGAAUCUAUCGGCGACUUAUUAUGUGAUAUUAAAAUGCGACCUGUACACAUUGAUCACUUUUCGUGAUGGUUAAUCAACUUAUGCAUGUAGUACGAUUAAAGUCAAAGCGUUCUGUGAUGUGACCUAUUCAACUGAAAUCUGCAGUACAUACCACAGGGAUAUUUGCGAAAUUAUACUAUUCAAUUCGAUACACUAAUAGUGUGAGAAGUCACACUGGGGCAAAAGCAACUCGUUAAUCGUGUUUUUCCAUAUCGACAUAAUGCGAGGCCCUUCCUAGACGAGGUCGUUAUGCACAACAUGUAUGUCUGUAAGACACGUUAUUUAAUUAAGAACAUUAGAUGCCAUUUUGAAUGGCUUGGGGGUGGAACAGCUGGAGACUAAAAGAUUGAGUGCAAUCUAUUUACUCGUAGAAUAGGUUGAAACAAAACAUAAGUUUAUGAAAAGGUUCCGAAAACAUCUCUUGUCAUGUCCUUGUAUUAUAUUGUAUAUUAAGCUUUGCCACUGUAAAUAAAUUGCACCACGAGUAAAGUGGCAAUUGUGA